CUCCCCUUUAACGGCGGUAACUCCGCGCUCCGCUGACCCUACGGCGGCUGCCGCUGCUAACUGCAGCUCCCGCUGCCUCCGCCGCCGGCCUGGGCAGCCGCAUCCUCGCCCGGGCUGGGUCCCCGCCCCGCCAUGGUGUCCUGGAUCAUCUCUCGCCUGGUGGUGCUCAUCUUUGGCACCCUGUACCCAGCCUAUUCUUCCUACAAGGCUGUGAAGACCAAAAACGUGAAGGAAUAUGUGAAGUGGAUGAUGUACUGGAUCGUCUUCGCCUUCUUCACCACAGCUGAGACACUUACGGAUAUAAUUCUGUCCUGGUUCCCCUUCUACUUUGAGCUCAAGAUCGCCUUUGUAAUAUGGCUGUUGUCGCCUUACACCAAGGGCUCCAGCGUCCUCUACCGCAAGUUUGUGCACCCAACGCUAUCCAACAAGGAAAAGGAGAUCGACGAAUAUAUCACACAAGCCCGAGACAAGAGCUAUGAGACCAUGAUGAGGGUGGGCAAGAGGGGCCUAAACCUGGCUGCCAACGCUGCGGUCACGGCUGCCGCCAAGGGCCAGGGGGUGCUGUCCGAAAAGCUCCGGAGCUUCAGCAUGCAAGACCUGACCCUCAUCCGGGACGAGGACGCGCUGCCACUGCAGGGGCCGGAUGGCCGUCUCCGAGCUGCCUCCGGGGCCCUCCUGGACACUAUUGAGGACUUAGGGGAUGACCCUGCCCUGAGUCUAAGGGCUAGCACAAGCCAGGCAGAUCCCCGGAUGGAGACCUCAGAAGAUGACCUGGGAGACAAGGCCCCCAAGAGGACCAAGCCUAUCAAAAAAGUGCCCAAAGCUGAGCCACUGGCUCCCAAGACGCUGAAGACCCGGCCCAAGAAGAAGAGUUCUGGAGGGGGUGACUCCGCUUGAGGUCCUCGCCCCCCCACCCCCCCUCCAUCUGUAGGACAGUAGCACUGGGAAGAACUGCCGUCCCAGCCCCUCCGCAGCGGGCUGUAGCCCGAGUGUUUCAGACCCUCGAACCCCCUAAAUGGCUGUUUCCAGUGCCCCCUCCCCACGGGCACCCCUCCCAAGGGGGCUUGGCAAAGAGGGAGGCAGGCGCAGCUGUAAGGUUGAGGACUGAGCCCCCGCGGAGGUUGGGGCUCCUUGGCCAGCGCUGCCCUUCUCGCUGCUCCAGCCCCCACCCUGCCCAUCCAGUGCCUUGCUGAAGACCGCACCACCCCCUUCUCUGAGGCCUGACGUGCCUCCAGUGCUCUUCCUCGAAUGGGGGUAGUGGUUGGCCACACCACAGUCCAGAAAGACCAGGGAGGGGGCCCUUGAGAAGGGGGAGAAGUGGGGCAGGUAUGGGAGAGGGGCGGGGUGUUACUCAGGCCCAACUAUGAGUGGAAGACUCUGGCUUUAAAGGAGCAACAUGGCUAUGCCAGAACUGCAGCUGGUAGGGCUGUGUGCUCUACACCCCCCCCCCCAAAAGAGAGGUGGGGAGGCUGGCUCACCUCCCUACCCCAGCCCUGGCCUUUCUUCCUCUUUACUCACUCCUGCUGGUCUCUGAACCUCAGAGGACUCAAUCCCUUGACAGAAUGAGGCUCCAAGAGACCUCUCCCCUCCCCUUCCCAUCCUUGAUCACUUUUACACACUUAUGCCCCUAAGCUGGAUUCCUCUACUCCCAGGGUCCACUGUAGAGACCCUGCCAAGAUGGCUCCUUCCCUCUCCUAUAAAGAGGACCCAUCCUACUUUGCCAUGGGGUCCCCUUCCUGUGCCAAGCAAACCCCUGUCAGAGCCAACCUGGACCCCACCCCUGGUCCUGGUUCUGCCAGCUUCAUUGAGGGCCAAGCAGAACCUGUGAAGAAGGGAAAGAAAGGCAGGAGCCAAGAGGCUCCCAAUUCCAUGGUGCCCACCGGACCUUGGCACUGGAUGAGCCAAUAAAUUAAAUACUGGCAUCUCC